GAAGAUGGAGAUGGCUCUUGGACAAAUCCGAGCAGUACAACACACUGGGAGGGAAUGCCCUCUCCUUUUAAAGAUCAGCCAGAUGCUAAGAAAGUUGCUCCUCAAAAUGACUCUUUUGGAACACAGCUACCGCCAAUGCAUCAGCAGCAAAGUAGGUCUGUGAUGACAGAAGAGUACAAAGUUCCAGAUGGAAUGGUUGGAUUUAUAAUUGGCAGAGGCGGUGAACAGAUCUCACGCAUACAACAGGAAUCUGGGUGCAAAAUACAGAUAGCUCCUGAUAGUGGUGGCCUUCCAGAAAGGUCUUGUAUGUUAACUGGAACACCAGAAUCUGUCCAAUCAGCAAAAAGGUUAUUGGACCAGAUUGUUGAAAAGGGAAGACCGGCUCCUGGCUUUCAUCAUGGUGAUGGACCUGGAAAUGCAGUUCAAGAAAUCAUGAUUCCAGCUAGCAAGGCAGGAUUAGUUAUUGGAAAGGGAGGAGAGACUAUUAAACAACUUCAGGAACGUGCUGGUGUUAAGAUGGUUAUGAUUCAAGAUGGGCCUCAGAACACUGGUGCUGACAAACCUCUUAGGAUUACAGGCGACCCAUACAAAGUUCAACAAGCCAAGGAGAUGGUGUUAGAGUUAAUUCGUGAUCAAGGUGGUUUCAGAGAAGUUCGAAAUGAGUAUGGCUCCAGAAUAGGAGGAAAUGAAGGGAUAGAUGUACCAAUUCCAAGAUUUGCUGUUGGCAUUGUAAUAGGAAGAAAUGGAGAGAUGAUCAAAAAAAUACAAAAUGAUGCUGGUGUUCGAAUUCAGUUUAAGCCAGAUGAUGGAACAACGCCUGAUAGGAUAGCACAAAUAACAGGACCUCCAGACAGAUGUCAGCAUGCUGCAGAAAUUAUUACAGACCUUCUCCGGAGUGUUCAGGCUGGUAAUCCUGGUGGACCUGGGCCUGGUGGUCGAGGAAGAGGUCGAGGUCAAGGCAACUGGAACAUGGGACCACCAGGUGGACUCCAGGAAUUUAAUUUCAUUGUGCCAACUGGGAAAACUGGAUUAAUAAUUGGGAAAGGAGGUGAAACCAUAAAAAGCAUAAGCCAGCAGUCUGGUGCAAGAAUAGAACUUCAGAGAAAUCCUCCACCUAAUGCAGAUCCUAACAUGAAGUUAUUUACAAUCCGUGGCACUCCACAGCAAAUAGACUAUGCUCGGCAACUCAUAGAAGAAAAGAUUGGGGGCCCAGUAAAUCCGUUAGGGCCACCUGUACCCCAUGGGCCUCAUGGUGUUCCAGGCCCCCAUGGACCACCUGGGCCUCCAGGGCCUGGAACUCCAAUGGGACCAUACAAUCCUGCACCUUAUAAUCCAGGACCACCUGGCCCAGCUCCUCAUGGUCCUCCAGCCCCAUAUGCUCCCCAGGGGUGGGGAAAUGCAUAUCCACAUUGGCAACAACAGGCUCCUCCAGAUCCAGCAAAGGCAGGAACAGAUCCAAAUUCAGCAGCUUGGGCUGCUUAUUAUGCUCACUAUUACCAACAGCAAGCACAGCCCCCACCUGCAGCUCCUGCGGGGGCACCAACUACAACUCAAACCAAUGGACAAGGUAACUAUGGAGAUCAGCAGAAUCCAGCUCCAGCUGGACAGGUUGAUUAUACAAAGGCUUGGGAAGAGUACUACAAGAAAAUGGGUCAACAAGGUCAGACACAAGAUUAUUCAAAGGCUUGGGAGGAAUAUUACAAGAAGCAAGGUCAAGCAGUUCCUGCUCCUACUGGGGCUCCACCAGGUGGUCAGCCAGAUUAUAGUGCAGCCUGGGCUGAAUACUAUAGACAGCAAGCAGCCUACUAUGCCCAGACAAGUCCGCAGGGAAUGCCACAGCAUCCUCCAGCACCUCAGUGCCUUCCCAGACCUUCCACCUUAGGUUCUGCUCCAAAAAGCAACAGUGCUGAAGAUGCUGCAAGCACCAAAUCAUAGCUCAUAAAAUCAGGUCCUGAGAUAGUUACCCAUAAAGAGGAAUCCUUUGAGUGUAUGCCAUUGGUGAGCCGAUGAGCAUGGACCAUAGAAGGGCUCAAUGUAGAAGGUAAAAUUGGCAAUCAUAAUUGAGAAAUGAAAUGUAUUCCCAUACGUAAUAUGGUAUGGGGUGUAAUGUACCUGCUCUUGACCACUUUUCAUUUUAUAGUGCUAUUCAUUCACUUUUAUUAAAUGUUCCAUGAACUGUUAAAUUUCUUAAGUUAUAUAGUUGCUGCACCACAUUUAUAUGACUGUGUUUGAUAGGUGGGUAUGUUGAAGCUGGUAAUAUAAGGAGCUCUUUAAGCCUUUAGAGCCUGUCAAGUUUUGGUUAGUUGUAGUUUGCAUUUUUAUAAAAGAGAAUGUAGAUGAAUGCUGAUAGAUACUGGGAGUUUUCUGCCUUGUGAGAAUUUUCAAUUCGUUGCCGUAGCCUUCCUUGGUACUCUAAGCAACUUUUAAAUGGAGUUGGUUUAACCUUCAAGUGAAUGGGAAGCAGAAAAGGUGAGCCAGUUGGUUUGAAUGCAAAAGAUUUUUAGGACUGGUAGAAUAAAUGCAUAGUUUAGAUUGAAAUUGAACUUAUUUAAUACUUAAAGCAAAAGUUUACUCUUUUUUUUAACAACAUCUAGUGUAGUAAUAGUUAGAAUUCUUGUUUUGAUGUUUGUUUCAGAAAUGCAUAUACUUUUGGUUUUUAGUAAUGAAAAAUCAUUUUAAUAGUAGAACUAGUGAUUUGAUACUAGUUGUUUAUUAACAUUGUAAAGUAUAUUCUUAAACAAAUAUCUUGGUAGUUAAUAAAAGUGGGCUUAGAUAGGAGUACUUUCAGAAGGAAAAUAGUAUAUUCAAAAGUGGUAACAUUUCAUUCAUUUGAAUACUUUGCCAGUAGAACCAGUUCUUCCUAGAAAUACGUGUUAUCUAGAAUACUAAUGUAGAGUUAACUAAUCACUGAAGAUGUCUCAUUUUUAUUUCUGCAAAUUCUGCCUCAUUUUAAAAUGCAUUUUCCUAAUACUGAAAGAUGAUUUUGGCUGAAAAUAACCCUACUUUUUUGUUUAAUCAGUCAUUUUAAUUACAAUUUAAUUUUCUGUGGAUUUUUUUUAAUUGGUGCUUUAAAAACGCAAAUAAAUCCCAGGGUUUUAUUUUCUUCAGCAAUACCCCUAAAGCAACUCUUAAAUGUAUUUGCGAAUAUAUAUAUUUUUUUCUUAUGCAUGCUCAAUGCAUUUUCGUCCUGAGAAAAGUGUUCUCUACAGAAACUACCCGUGUGUAAAAAGAAGAUUGGCUUAAAAUGGCUACUGUGAUGGGAACAGUGUCUUAGGGAGAUGCAGCUUGGACUUGAGGUAAAUUGAAUACUUUACAAACUGUGGUUUAGAGUUUGCUUUAAUGACAUUGUAUGUAAAAGUGCACAUGAUUGCUGUAAUUUUGUAUUCAUUAUGGUCUCCUUAAUAAAAAAUAAAUGUACAUUGAUGAAUACUA